AAAUUUCUCUCACAAAAUCGUGACAAAAACAUUUUAAAUGAAUAUAAAAACACAAGGAUGAAAAAUUUGGUUUCUUUUGUAUUCAUAAAUCAAUAAGCAAGGCACCAUGUCACAAGGUAUCUUGCUGAUCACAGCAGCAUUAGUCUGCACUCUGUCUCUGGGAGUGCUUGGUAGUUAUGAUGGCAUCCCCCGGACUAUGCUGGGUGAAAUCCCGCUAGCAGGACUCACCAGGACAAUACCCCUUGGAAGUUUCCUCCCUCCCAUUGCUCCAUCAUGCUGCCCAUGCCCUGCUCCCAGCAGAAUCUACCCAGAGAGAUAUAUAGUCAUUGACAGAAUGUCUCCUCCUUUACCCAGAGCUUAUGGUGCCCCCUUGAUGAUUUCACCACCACAUCACUCUAUGAUGAUGUCACCUCCUCCCAAGCCCCCGACCAUACCUACUGAAUCUGAGCCUACUCCAGAAACAAGUGGUGGAUCAAAUGGGGGUGGGGACCGCUGA